AAUCUGUCUCCUUGACACCGUCCUUCCGCAAGGCCAAAGGAAUAACACUCAAUGUGCAGUAGAUUAUUCAUAUUUAGAGGUUACCCAAGUAGGUUAUUCUUCCACACGAGUCAUCAUUCACGUUUGGCUGCAUGAAGCAAAAUCUACCUCAACACUCGGACUACCCUAACUACAUACUCCCUAAAAACAAUAAGAACAAUUACAACAAUAACCAAAACAACAAGAAGAAGCCCUUGAAGCCUAAAACAACGGCUCAUGGAGAAUGAACAAAGUCCUCUUUCUCUCUCCACCACAAUCCACAAAUUCGCUGUCUAGAUUUUGUCACUCCCCCAGUCUCACAUGGCGGAUCUCCAAAACACGAAGCCGAAAUGACUAAUUCCCUCACGGAUCCCGUGAUAUUCGUUCUCAUGACCAUCAGACCUCCAAAUUUGGCCAAAACGCCAUAGAGUCGACAAGGAUAUUUCAAAACAAGUUCAAGAGAUAUUCCGACUAGAUUGAACCAUAUUAUUAAAAUAGCAAUAGUGAGACUCAUACACCAACAACAAUCACGAAAACGAGAAAGGACAAUGAAAGCAGUGCAAAUUCAUGACCUAAGCGAAUCAAAGGUUUGUGAGUAAUGGGAUAUUAGCGCUCUCCAUAUGGCAGGUUUCAAUUCAAUCAAUUCAGACAAGAUUUUCCCAUUCAUUUCUCCAUGUUUCGCCAUUGUUCUCCAUAUUUCCCCAUUCUUUUUUUUCCCAAAUCACGCUUUCCUCUUUUCACUUUAGCUUAGAAGACUCUUUCGUCAACCCCGCCAUUUACUAUUCCCCAAAUUGAUUUCUCUUACCCCCAGGAAAUCAUUCUCCAACGUCAACCUUACUCAACCUUACUCAACCUUACCUCAACCGUACUCAAAACUUCAUCUCCUACAUCCAAUAGAACAUCCCUUUCCGCCCAUCUGUCUCCUGACUGUGACAAACGCAUCUCCUCAUCCCUCAUCACCUGUCGUCAUUCGGGGUCUGGAUUGUAUGUUGAGAAUUUGUUGGAAUCUCAUGACUAAGAGUUUGCAUUUUUCAUUACACAUCAGUCCAUGCCAUUACUUGGGUCCAGAGGUUCAAACAAGGUCAAGAAGACAAUAUUCCACCAUUGAGUCUCACACUUUCCCAGCUUCCCAAGGACCGUGUUGGUUUCUCUUACCCCAGAUUGUGUCACCUGCCGCUAAAAACGACUCUUGAUUCAAUAAGCGCCGAUUCACCGUGUUGGAUCCUCACCCUAACCUCUUCACGGCACGCAAUUUGAUUCCCGAAUUUCUUCAUAUAGUACUCCACAGUGUUCUAUACUACACCGCUAGGUUAACGCAACCUUUCCAUCGUUAAGUAAUAGUGCAGUGAACCCGCAUAUUCAAAUUACAUUACGUUUCUCUUUGUCUCAUGGCUUCCUCAGAGAAUCAUAUUGGUCAUGAGCAACAGGAUCAGCACGGACAUCGAGAUCAGCACAUGAACAGCAGAGAAUAUGCUGUGUCCCAAGAUGCUCAGGAUCCUCUUCGUCAGAUCAGAAAUGAAUUUCUCAUUCCUUCUACGGCUGAUUUGCAAGCCAGGACUUUGUCAAGUUUAGAGUCUCGAACUUCCUCUCUUGGCGAUCCCUGUGUUUACCUUUGUGGAAACUCACUUGGCCUACAGCCGCGUACUACCUCUACUCGCAUAGAACAAUAUCUCAAGACUUGGGCAACUCAAGGUGUAUUUGGUCAUUUCAAACCCCUUUCUGAUUCACCUUUGCCAACAUGGCUACAUGCAGAUUCAAGUGCUUCGGAGAACAUUGCUCCUAUUGUUGGUGCGGAACCUUCGGAGGUCAAUGUAAUGCAGACUUUGACUGCCAAUUUACAUCUUCUCAUGUCUGCAUUCUACAACCCUGAUGCUAAUGGCAGGCACAAAAUCAUAUUGGAAAGCAAAGCAUUUCCAUCAGAUCACUACGCCGUAGAGUCGCAGAUCCGGCAUCACAAUCUCUCACCUGCCACAUCGAUGAUUACCCUGGAGUCGCAUUCAAUUACCGAACCCACACUCUCCACAGAUUACAUACUCAAAGCCAUUGAAACCCACGCUAAAGAUACAGCGAUUUUGAUACUCCCAGGUAUUCAAUUCUAUACAGGCCAGUUAUUUGACAUACCCCUCAUCACACGCCGGGCUCGAGAUCUCGGCAUAUUUGUCAUUUGGGAUCUCGCUCAUGCAGUCGGAAAUGUUCCACUGUACCUUCAUGAUUGGGACGUCGAUGCAGCUGCCUGGUGUACUUACAAAUACUUAAACUCAGGACCGGGUUGUAUCGGUGGAAUGUUCAUUCAUGAAAGGAACACUCAAGUGUCCGCUUCGUUACAGAGCACAGAAGCGGGGGCAGGAUUUGUAAAUAGAUUAAGUGGCUGGUGGGGCAAUGACAAAAAUACGAGAUUCGCCAUGGAGAAUCGAUUCGUGCCGAUAGCGGGCGCUGCGGGGUUUCAAUUGAGUAAUCCAAGCGUGCUGGACAUCACGAGUCUAAAUGCAUCUUUGGAAAUAUUCAAGCUUGCCGGUGGGAUGGAAAUGUUGAGGGCGAAAUCUGUGGAGCUGACUGCUUAUUUGGAGGAUUUGCUUUUAAAUACAGCGAUCUUUGAAAAGAGCAGGUUCUCAAUCAUUACCCCUCGAGACAGAGAGCAGAGGGGUGCUCAGCUGAGUCUCCAACUCGCUGAUGGAUUGUUGGAUGUAGUCAUGAAAGAACUGGAGUUGAGGGGAGUGGUCGUAGAUGAAAGACAACCCAAUGUGAUAAGAGUGGCGCCGGCCCCUCUGUACAACAGCUUCGAGGAUGUAUGGAAGUUUGUGAGGGUAUUCAAAGAAGCAAUGGACAUAGCUUGGAAGGCAAAGCUUGGAGAAAUAUCUGCCGAGGGCACACGGGAAUUAGAAUUGACCACCUGAAGAGAUAAUAUGUCAUCGCAAUGGCAAUCAAGUCGAUCAAAACAAUUACUUCCAUGUGUCAAGUGCACGUAGUAUAAGCUUUAAGUUAUCUGAAAGUUUUUGUCGCACGU